AUGAGCCGACGCAGCCGCAGGCGGAGUCGUAGCCGCGAUUCGCGGCGUAGGAGCUACGGUGGAAGCUCGUACGGCAGCUAUUCGCGCAGCAGAUCUUUCUCGAAGGAUAGGCGCGGUUUGUCACGCGACAGAAGGUCGCUUUCGAGGUCACGCGGUAGGAGCGAUGACUUCAAGAGCAGCUUGUCGACUAUUCGUGAUCGCAAGAGGCGCUCCGAGGAUCGCGGCUUCGCCGGAUCCCGAAGCAACGUGUGGAGGAACCCGACGGAGGGAUCCCAACAGAUCCCAUCGCACAACACUGUACCAGCUAAUGUUGCGUACGGGUAUGACGAACCGAGGCGCUACCACCCCAGGCAGCCAUUGAGGUUCCGCAGGGGCGCGUACAAGUACGAAUCGGAGGAUUUCAGGCAACAGAAGAUGCAGCAAAUGGAGGAGGCUAACAAACGCAGACUUGAAAUGAUUAGCAAGCGACAGGAACGCAUAAAGCAACUGGCGGAGCUAACCACACAACUGAACUCACUAGUCGCGCAACUGUCGCUCUUGCCCAAGGAGGACCCUGAGCGUGAAGGGGUGUCGCGGCAGAUCCAGGACGUGAAGUUUGCGAUGAAACAGUUGCAGAUGGAGAAGGACCAUGCCCCUAACAAAAUAGACAACCGGCAAACCAAGCUCCUGUUUAGGGAGCUGCCGGAAAGCGCUAAGGGGCCAGGGAAGCUGGCUGAGUGGAUCGCCGGCAAUGCCACGGUCCUCCUGCCGAAACACAUCGCAAUGUUAGCCACAACGGCACAGGGUCCACUAAUCCAGUACCGAAAUCAUGCUGCGGCAGAAACGGUCUUGCGCUCCUGCAAACUCCAUGGCAUACAGGCGGAGUGGGCGCCUGUAGAGCAAGAGGCGGGUGCCAGUAAAAGAGAGGAAACACCCCCCAAGGCCGAUAAUGCGACUGACGUUGACUAUAACCUUCUAUGA